AUGUCCCAAAUACUCCCAGAAGUUCAGCCAGCACAUGAGAUGACAAGUCCCGAAAUCAAACACUUGAUAGAUGAGCUCUACAUUCAGCUUCAAUCUCUCAAAAUGAAAGCUAUCAGCGAGUUCUAUGGUGAAUAUCGCGAGAAUAUGAUAGGAUGUUUGUGGGAGUUCCCUUCAAACCCAACAGAUGGAAACAGAUUGACCUGUGUUCCGAACAAUCAAGCACAUGAAAAACGAUUAAUUUGGAUACCGAUCGAUCAAACAUUGCCGUCUAUUGAUGAUUUCUCGGAAUGUACAUUGAGGGAAUUACGAAUGAUCUUGCAGCAAAACCCGGUGAAAAAACGAGUAAGGGUGAAAUGCCUUAACCAUUUUGAACAUAGAGGCUACGAACUUGGGUUGGAUUUUACCAGUCCUCGUGUUAAUUGCAAAGUCCGCGAUCGAUUGAUGGUUAUGAUAUAUCUCUACAAGACAAAAGGUCUAUCCGUAAAUGACAUAGAGGUAGUUUUUAUGAUGGGUCCCAAAGCAGUUGGAUGGACAUGGUGUUGUACCGGCGAUUUCUCCAGCUCAAAACUGCCUAAUCUCCGAAACGCUGUGGAAGUUACAGGCAAAGUCGAACUAAACAAUUGGAAAGAAACAGAGCUGGAAGCGCUUGACAAGUCAGUCGAGCAAGGAUCGGUAUACUUGGAGCCAAUCAACAGUACUAGCAAGGGUGGGAAAUUCACAACUACUUUGAGGUUUCUGGACUUAUCUGAUGAAAACAUAGAUUCCGAGAUUCGCGACGCCGAUAUCGAAGAAGGGGAAAUAGUUGAAACAAUAUCUAUCUCGGAAGUGUCAUCUCGAACAGACGAAGCUAGGCUGAGCAACAUAGAGACAUCCGACGACGAGAGAGCUAAUCCAUUCAAAAGUUUGAUUGGGAAGUUAUUACAUGAACAUGGUACUCGAGAAUUCCCAGAACCACAAGAUGAGCCAUGGCUAAGAAUUCUACAAAAACAUGGAAUACCAAAAGCAGAUUACACAAACUGGUUGAAGUUUGAUUCCUGCAACUUUGAAAGACCACCUACACCAAAAGACAAUGGCAUUUCUUCUACCAGUUUACUAGAGCAGCCCUCGUCAACUCUUCAAUCUGCUUUACCUAUCCCGUCUGUGUCCUUUCAAAAAGCAAAACCAAAAGCUCAAGUGCCAAGCAGCAACGAAAUGAUGAGUCUAGCAGAGACUAGCGUGCCCACGACUGUGCUGCAAAUCCGCCAGGAAUUUGUCGAUCAUCAAAGCAAUAUAUUCGACAGCGUGUAUGGACAAUUACUCGAACGGUGUACCUUGGAGGCCAAUGAGUUACUUGAAGAGCGACAUAAUUUUCAAAUAGCUACCUUGAAUACCAAACUGCUUGAGGUCGGGCAGGAAAAGAUCGCCCUUGAAGAUCAAACCUUGAUACUCCAAGAUCAGCUCAAAAAGAAAUCAAAUGAACUCAAUAAAUUAAAAGAUGAGUUCAUGGUCAAGAACGCCGAUACGCAGAAAUAUAUUGAUCCCCUCUGUCUUGAAAGGACAACUGCUAAGGAGAAGGAAAAGGUUGAGGAGGAAAGUUUGGCUCUUCUUGAAAAUGGAAAACCAUUGCAAAGAGAGCUUAAUGAAAGCAAGGCAAGGCUAGACGAAAUGGACCUGGCUAACUCAAAGUUAUCUCAGGAGAUUGAAGAGUUGAAUAAAGAAAAGAAUGAAGCAAAAGCCAAUUCAAUCAUGUGGAAGGAGAGAUUCGAGGCUAAAAGUUGGGAGAUGGAUUCGAAAUUUGCAGAAUGGCGUCAAGCAUUUACGAAUAUGAACACGUGGCGACUUGAGAUGGCCAAAAAGAUGAACAAUUUAAAGAGCUGCAUUCCAGAAUUAACCGCAAUGAAUGAGGCUUGGAUAGCAAGUGCUAAGAAAAUCGGAGAACGCAUCGGUCGAGAAAUGGCUUUACAGGACCUCAAAUUUGACCAAGAAAAGGAAUUUGAUGCCAUCAAGCGAGCUCAUCUUGAACAAAUUCAAUUGGUAUGGAAUACUGAGUAUUAUCGAGGGUUAAGGGACGGGCAGGGUAGUCAAAUAAAUGAGAAAAUAUCGAAGUCCAUGGCCGCUAACCCAACCAUGGAUCGGAAGGAAUUAGUUAAACUGGGUCAAAAUAUGGACCAGAAUAUGCACAAGCAAAUGGCUGUGGGGGCUUCAGGGUGUAGUCUAAUUGCGCCUAAGCGUUUCGCACAUUCUCCUAUGCAGUCAUAUCCUAUUCAACCAGCUCAUAUUCAAUCGCCUGUAAUAUCGACUUCCGCCCCUGUUUCCGUUGACCAUUUCAAUUUUGAUUACGAGCUAGGGCUGUUACCUCAAUCCCCCGGUUCCGGAAUAAUUCCUUCUAGAUUAUCCGUGUUCAAUCAUGCAUUCCUCAGAGAGGUCUUUGAUGGUCUCCAGCAGGAUUUCUGGAGUAACGACAACAUGCAGCUAAUGCUAGACCGAAAACAUGGUGCUCUUCUACUCAUUCACGAUCUUGACGAAAAAGUAUUUGUGGGAAAUGAAUAUCCGAUAUUUCUCAACACGGUUCAAGGCCAUGCCGUAUAUAUCGGACAAUACAAAAUCGUCAAACAGAUUGUGAAUAAUCCUUCCGUGCAUCCCCUCGGUAUCAAAUUCGAUAAUUACUUAGGGAAAAAUCAACUCAAAACCCAGCGAGGAAUAUGCUGGUCCAAGGAACAAUUCGGUAAUAAGAGACCUUUUAGAGGUGUAUACGAUAUGCUCGUAGGCUUGGAAAAAGAUCGCAUUGAAACUAGUUGGACGGUUUUCGAAUACGUCGGAUUCGAUCUCGAAAAUUACGAGAAAUUACUUUUGUGGUAUAGCCAAAUCGAACCGUUUUGUAAUAGGAAAAAAGGUAUUCCGUUGAUUGAUGUUGAGGGAGGUUUUGAGCAUGGGUUUUUGAAUGAGCUUUUGGUUAGUAGCUCAUUGAAAAAGAGAAUGAGUGAUGCUGAGGAUUUGAGUGGUGGUGAUAGGAAGAGGGUGAAGAUGUCUCGGGAUGAUGGGAUAUUGAAAUCUUCGUCGGUUCAAGAGGUGGAGGAUCUAGAUGAUUCGACUAUUGUGGUGAAUGUUUCUCCUAGGAGAUUUCGAUAA